CACAAUAUCCUCGCUAGCUCGCCAGGAGCAGCGCGUUUUCCGACGGCCGCAGCGAUCCAGCGCCCCGGUCGGCGACGGCGCGCGCGUAUUCCCGAGGCGAGGCCAGCAGGCAUGUCCGCGGCGUGUGACAUGUGCGUGUGCGCGUGCUGACGUGAGCGGAGACAGCUCGUGUGCAGGCUUACCGCAACAAGGUAUCGCGCGGCGGUCAGCAAGUAGCAGCGCAGCCGCAGCAGCCACCGCCCCAAGCGGCUGUCACGGACACCAGUAUGAUGUCCAGUGUGCCGGGGACCACCGCACCAUCAGUAAUACCAUUUUAUGGUGGUGGGACGUUGCCUCCGCAGCCGGCAGCUAUGGUGGACCCAAGUGGAGGGUUCGCCCCUCCCUUGAGAGACAGGUUUCCCAACUCAGUCUGGCACCCAGCUACACCCCAGUCAGAUCCAAAUGGUGUUGCUGCGUGGGGGCCUCAGGGGCAGUUCAUUCAGCAGCUACCGCCGCAGUUGGAGGAACUGCGGUACCACCACCACGCCCAGUAUGCUGCCGGUGGCCCUGCGUACCAUCAGGCCACUGGCUACCAACAGCAGACUGGGUUCCUUAACUCGGAGCAGCAGGCAGCAGCAGCGUUCCAGCACAGCCAGUACUCGGGCAGUGGGCCUCCUUCGUCGCCCGCCCAGCAGUCGCGAGCGGGCUCCGGCUACUCCCAGGUUCACACCCCUCAGCCGUCCCCCAUCGCGUCGGGCAUGGCAGCCAGCAUCAAUGGCAUGUCCGGUUCUGUGACUGUUAAUGGCGUCAGUGUGAACGGGGCAGCAGUCCACAGGAACGGGAUGAAUGGCCAGUACAUGGACACUUCUCCGGGCAGUCAGUAUGCUGAACAGAGAGAAUUUGUAAAUGGUGCUGGCAGCGGAAGCUAUAAUCCUUCUCAGGAUGUUGCAAUGGCACCACCUCCAUCUACCACACCUACCAGCAGGAGUAGUUCUGUUCACUUGGACAGCAGCACUGACAACUCCUCACUUUCAAGUAAUCUCAACAACGGAACUAAAGCUUCUUCUGUAUAUGGUACUCAGAGCGUGAGCAACAGCAGCGCCAACAGCAACCCUACUGGUCACCCAAACGCCUUGCCUGGAUACCUGCUUCAUCCCCCAAUUCAACAACAAGCACAACAACACCAACAGAGUUCACAGAACUCUAGUAGGUAUCCAGGCCAAGAGACUAUGGUUGCGUCGGCUGCCAUCAUGGGGGAAAACAUGUCGUCGGCAUCGUGGAGUGCAGACACGGAGAGCAGUAGAUUGGUGUGGGACCCAGAACAGAGUGGUACAGUGCCUAAAAAUGAAGCUGGAAAUGUGUACAGAGAACCUGAACAAACUGGUGUGCAAAAUAGUGUGCAAAAUGAUAUGUAUCAUGAACGUGUUAAUUUGAACAGUCGUUUAAAAACUAUGAUUUUAAACAAGCAACAGCAGCAGCAACAAUCUCAACAGUUGAAUCAUCAAAUGCAGCAGUACAAUCAUCAAGUUCAACAGCACCACCUCCAGAGACAGAUUUCUUUAGAAAAUGUAAAUAGAAACAUUGAUGGAAGUGGAAGUUCUGAAACAAAUCUAUCUAGUCCGGGUGAACAUAAAAGUCACAGGUCUUCCCAGUCUCUGUGUGCAUCUUCUAAUGGCUCAGGUAUGAUAGUGCAAAAUGUGGAUGGGAUGAACCAAAUAAUGAAUUCCUCUCAGUCCAACUCUGUGAACAGAAAACAGAUAGACACUCAAUCUUCCAGUGAGACUAAUUUUUUAGCCAAAAGCCACCAUCCUCAGAAUCGCCCAUCAGUUCUAACAUCUGAGGGUGGUGGCUUUCCAUGGGAUUGGGUAGGGGCAAACAGCACAGGGGGUGAGCUAAUUGACAGUGGAACUAUUUCUGCAAUGGAAAAUUUCAUCAAAUAUGCAUCAUCAGUAAAUGACCAGCCUGCAUCUGUAGACCAUAGAGUAUUAAACAUGCCUUCAGUAAGUGCUUCUAUGAAGAACACACUGUCUUAUAGUGUUUCAGAUCCCACAUUACAACAGAAGAGUGGUCAAGCUACAAGUCAAAGUACUAAUGGCAACUUGCCACGAGUUUCACAGAAAGAUUCUUUGUGCCCAGGUAGUGCCAUGCAAGAUCACAGUGAGCUAAACUCAUCGGCAACUCUUGAAAAUUCAUUUAAGAACAAAAGAGAAAAUUUAACUUCAGCAGCUUCGAUUGGUUCCUAUAAAUUUAAUGAUAAAAGUUCAACAGAAAUUGAUGACAAAUCACUUCAGAAACAGAUAUUUGUUACUCCUGAUGUCAUUGACUUUCAUGAUGCUACAUUCUCAUCUACACAUGAUAGCGAUGGAAUGAACACCAGAACUGGAAGAAUGGCAAUGAAACAGUCAGAUGUUUAUUCAGUCUCUCCAAGAUAUGAAGAUGUGCUAAAAAAUGAAGAUAAAAAAUCACUAACAGAUUCUUCUUGUUUAAAUAGCUAUUUGUCUCAAAAGAAUUUGAAUAACAGUACACUAAGUUUGAAAUUAGAAGAACCGAAAACAUGUGGUGACACUCUCCAUUGUCAAAAAUUUGGUUCACGUACUGGUAUAAGUGAUUCUGAAGAUGAAUCAGAAAUGACAUCAUUAUGCACAAACAGUAAAGGAAACUAUUCCAACAGUGAUAAAAAUGAUACUGGUGUAACAAGCAAUAAUAGUACAGGAAAAUGUGUCGACAAUGAAGAAGAUGAAAAAUUGGCUAUUAAGAUGGAUAAAUGGUCUUACAAGUUUCAAGGAGAUGGUGGGCCAGCAGUAAUAGAGAAGAUGCCCGGAGCGUGGUGCUGUCGUCAGGGAGGAAUUGAAACACCAACUCCGGAACACUUGCGCGAUGGCUGCUGCCAAGGUUUCCAGACUGCAGAUGAACAAGAUAUCAAACAGCAAUGGUCACCUCAGCCAGAUAGCAAUGUUGAGGACUGUAAAAACAACAAGGUUUAUGGCAGUAUGUCUGCUAAGGAGUUUCAGGAUCAUUUAGAGCGACUCAAGAACAAUGUGCGUGCGGAAGUGCCAGAUUGCAACUGUUUUCCUCCUGACAAAUGUCCUCCUGAACCAGGUUCAUAUUACACACACCUAGGAACGGCAUCGAGUCUGACAGAAUUGCGCUCUGACCUAGAGAAGAGGACCGGACUGAAGGGAAAGGCUUUGCGGGUGGAGAAGGUCAUGUACACCGGGAAGGAGGGGAAAACUACUCAAGGCUGUCCGCUAGCCAAAUGGAUAAUCCGUCGUGCAAGCCUGGAUGAAAAAAUAUUAUGUGUGGUAAAGCACAGACAAGGGCAUAAAUGUCCGACAGCUUGGAUUGUCGUUGUCAUGGUGGCUUGGGAAGGUGUACCAUCCACUGAAGCAGACAGAGUUUACAACUUACUUACACACAAGCUAAACAGGUAUGGUUUGCCCACCACUCGACGCUGUGCCACAAAUGAACCUCGCACAUGUGCUUGUCAGGGCCUCGAUCCAGACACGUGUGGAGCAUCUUUUUCAUUUGGUUGUUCUUGGUCUAUGUACUACAAUGGCUGCAAGUAUGCUCGCAGCAAAACUGUCCGCAAGUUCAGGCUUUCGGUCAGGUCUGAGGAACAAGAAGUGGAGGAACGGAUGCAUGUAUUGGCUACGCUGCUCUCUCCACUCUAUCAGUCUCUGGUUCCUGAGGCAUUCAAGAAUCAGACUCAGUUCGAGCGAGAGGCUUCAGAGUGUCGCCUGGGAUUCAAACCGGGUCGUCCUUUCUCUGGCGUCACAGCCUGCAUAGACUUUUGUGCUCAUUCCCAUCGUGACCUGCACAAUAUGAAUAAUGGCUGUACUGUGGUUGUAAGCCUGACCAAGAAUCGAACACUUUCCAAGCCAGAUGAUGAACAAUUACACGUGCUGCCACUCUAUGUGAUGGAUGACACUGAUGAGUUUGGCAGCAAGGAGGCACAAGAAACAAAAACAAAGAAUGGCGCUGUAGAAGUGUUAACAAAAUUUCCAUGUGAAGUUCGAGUGCGAGCUGUUCCACUGCAGCCAUGCAGACGCCAUGGUAAGAAACGCAAAGAAGAUGAACCAGAUGCAGUGAUUGGUCGGAAAGAUCCGAGCACGCUGCAUCGCAACUCAUGUUCACUUGGGCCGGCCUCCAUGGAUCAUCGUUCAGCACCCAUGUCUAUUGACAUGGCUUCCAUGCUAGAGGGCAUGGAGGCACAACUGCAGAGCUCACAGGUGUCAUCAACUGUUUUGGACAGCCCUGUAUCCAUGUAUCAGGGUUGGGGUUACCACCAUUCGACACCAGAUUCACAUAACAUGGACAUGUACCACCACACCUCACCAAGCGCUGCUGGAUCAUCUCCAUGGAGCCAUCAUCGCUCUCAGGCACAUCAAGCAUGGAUGGCUGCAGAAGCACAGCAUAAAAAGAAUUGGAAUUUUAAUUCCAGUUGGGGCACUAAUUAUGGAACUAAUGUAUCAGGGACAACCCCUGGCUUCAGUGCAGGAGACAGGGACAUUAAGGUUGAUCCUGAUAGUACAACUAAUCAUGGUUCCAGCUUGAAUUCCACAGCAGCUGUCAAAAAUUUGAGUAUUAAUCCAUCUCAAUCACCUGGUGUCAGAAGUGUAACAGGAAGAUGCGAGGGUCACAAUGUAGCCAGUCCAACAUCAACACUGGUGCAUGGAAGUGGUCAGCUAAGUCCAAUAUCACCAUCAGGCCAACACCGAACAGCUAUAGUUUCUAGUCCAUUCAUAUUCCAGCAGCCAUCAUCUCCUUGGAGAAAUCCAAAUGUUCAUAGCCAGGCACAAAUAAAUCGGCAGCAGCAGCAGCACAAUGGUAGUUUGAACAUGUUUGCAGACAGUGAAAGAUAUUCUAAUUCUGCUGAGCAAAGAGAAGUUACUGGUGAGAAUUGGUCACAGAACAGAGCUUGUAUUCCACAUAACACAGAAGAGCUAACCAAAGAAUCACAGGUACUGUCUCCAGGCCAAGGAAAUUCAAAGCAGAGCCCACUAUCAAACAUAAGCUUGCAAAGCGACCAAGGUAUAAGCAGUGGACAGCAAGAGCUGACUUCUAUGCCGGACAGGCCAAUGUAUCCUCAUCUACCAACAUCUCCAUUAUCUCCACAAUCACAUCAGUCCGUCAUUAGUCCACAACAAACUUCAAAUGUCUGCAGUAAUUCUCUGCCAUCCCCUUCAACAGUCAACACUGGGACCACUUCUUCAUUGUUAAACACAAGUCACCUUCAGAAACUGUCUCCUCUUACACCAGCAAAUCAACAGGCAAAUCUCUUUAGUGACACAGCUGUCCCAUCUUCUCAAGAAAUUAAUAGUGCACAUUUAUCAAAAACUCCUGAAAGAUCUAUUUCAGUACCACUUCCUUUAACUCCUAGUGACACAUCGGCCUCAAAUUGUUCCAAUUCAAGUCGUGGGGGUUGGAUUACACCCGACAGGCAUCAGUCAUGGGACUAUAAUAUAAAUCCUCCUCAAUCAUUAUCUCCAACACAAGCUUCACCCUUCCGCAUUCCAAAAGGUCAUGCUCCUUCCCGUUCCUCUAACUAUCAUUCCAAUGCACCUGUUAACUACAAUUCGGCUAUGCAGAUGCAAGAUCUAUGCAGUAAUGCCAGUACAUCGCCAACCAUGCAAGGUGUGCCUUCUGCUUCUUCUACACCAAAAUCAUGCAAAGGUUUUCUGAAGCCAUAUCCUCCUGGUGAAGUUUCAAUUUCUAGAUCAUGUAGCAUAGAUAACCAUCACAAUUCAAACUCCUUAAAUAUUUCUACAGCAGGAAAUUCUAAAGAUACCAGUUUAUCAUGGUCAACAGACAGUAAAAUACUAGAUUCAGAACAAACACCAAAGGCCACAUCAUUAAUGGUAGACAUGCCUUUUGAAAGUUCUCCAGUCAUUAAUUCAAAUGGUUCGUGGUACAAUACAGAUUCAAACAGAAUCAGAGAUAGAAGUUCUGGUAAAUGGGAAAAGGAAGAUGUAAAUGUAAUGCAAACAGAAAAGACUAGUCCAUGUCUUUCAGCAAAUUCAAGUAAUGAAAACUACAGUAAAGAAAAAAAUUCUUGUAGUUUAAUUAAGCAGGAAAGAUUAUCUGCAUCAGCUUGGGCAGUUGCUGAAGAAGUAAAACAAUUGAGUGAAUACCAUUCAACAAUGAAUACAGCUGCUGCUCAGCUUCAGUAUCCUCCUAAUCCUCAUUGCUCAACUGCACCAUAUUCUGGAGCAACUAACACAUCAAAUCCAUUUGCAUCAACUUUGAAUUCCUGUGCUUCUAAUUAUGGUUACUGCACUACACCUAACAAUCCUUUCAGUUCUGGUAGUUAUCCAAUGUUUCAUGACUCAAAACCUUAUGCAAAUAGCUCCUGGAAUGAAGCUGCUAAUUAUAUGGACACAAGAUCAAGUAAUAGUACUCAUGUGAAUGUUCAGUACCCUUACCAAGCUAUGGAUUUCAGUCCUCAAUUUUAUGGAUCACAAGGUAAGCAGGAGGUACCUCGUUCAGCUUGUUACCAUUCAUCACCAUAUAGUUACCAAGGAAUUGGCCAGUUUCCUGCCCAGUAUACUCAGUAUCCAGGACAGUUUCAUCCUCGAUGGGAUGCUCACCAUUGGGAUCUUUAUGGGCCAUCACCUUUUUUUCCCAUGGUGCCUGAAGCACCCCGUUCAGAACCGAUCGGCGAAGUCACAGAUUAUAUCGAAAACGAGGAGUGCUUUAAAGAUUCUCAGAUGGGUGGUGUAGCAAUUGCUCUGGGCCAUGGAUCUGUUCUUUUUGAAUGUGCUAAGCAUGAACUGCAUGCUACCACAGCAUUGCGGAGACCUAAUCGAUUACAUCCUACGCGAAUCAGCCUAGUGUUUUACCAGCACCGCAACUUAAAUCGUGCUAAACAUGGAUGGGAUGAGUGGGAAGAGAAAAUGAGGUUACGCAAGCUGGGUAUCACAACAUCCACCACUACUGCCAGUUCCAGUUCAACAUCAAGUAGUGCCAAUGUUGGUAGCAACAGUGGAAACUCGGUUACUGAGCUGCGACACAUGCUACCCCCGACAGACCGGCCACCUACCUACACGUCUCAGUUCCUGAUGCGUACUCCCACCUACACCACCACCACAUGGACAACGCUGUUUCCUAUGCAUCCAUGCAUGGUUACAGGUCCUUAUCAAGAAGGUGGGGCCGCAGGCUAGAUCUCUGUUCAAUUUUUAAUUUUUUACAAUUUUUUUCCAGUAGUAAAUGUAAGUUUAUGAUCAGUAUUUCAAUUGUUUUGUGAAAUUUAAAGAUAGAAGGUGCUUCCUUCAUAACAAUUGUGUUGAAAUAUUUAAUAGUUUGUUCUUAAAUUUUGCUGGCUGCCAUAUUGUUUAAGACGUAAAUAUUUGUAAGAAUCAACUGAUUGUUUAUUUGUUACUUUAUUUUGAUUUUGUGUGAACUGAUAAGAAGUGGGACAUGUUGCAAAUAAUUUUUUCAUGUACCCUGAAACUGUGAAACAUUAUUACAUAAGGUCAAUUUUAGCAAUGUCAAUCGAUAUCAAUUAUGAAUAAUGUUGUCACAAGAAAUGUUUUUACACAAAAAUACCAAAUCAGUUCUUGUAAUAGGAAAGGUUUGUUUCCUUUCCUUAUAGUUUAAUAGUUUCACCUGUAACAAACUUUUUUAUAGUACCAAGUCUGUUUUUUUAAGCCUAUAAAUAGAACAUUAGAAUAUUUUGUUCAGUUUUACAUUAUGAAAAAUGUAUACAUUUGAAUGAAAUGUAUUUACAUAUUUGCCAUAUAUUUAUUUGCCCAAGGAAAUUUAUUUUUAGACUAUGUUAAUGUUUUCUAAUUUUGUUGGCAUUACUCUUGAUUAACUAUUUUGUUCUGUAAAAUGAAUAAUAUCUACUUUUAAAUUUAGUUAAGUGUCAAAUUAAGGUUUGGAAAACCACAUGAAAACUAAAAUUGAAGUGGUUUCUUUUUGGUUUCCAGUUAAAUCUCAUUCAGUUUAAAUAUAUGACUUCUGUUAACCACUUUGGAAUGUUGUUUUAGCACAUUGUAUUAAUCGGUUUAGUUAACUGAAUAAUUAAAUCACAUUUUUAUUAGUAAUUAAAAAUAUAUUUUUGUUACAAGAAAUUUAAAAUAGUCUUAAUGUUUUAUUAUUUUUGAGCCCAACCUAUUGCCAGUUUUGUGUUAAUAAAACAUUGUGUAUAGAUUACUGGGUAUUUCUGAAGUGUGAUGAUAAUUGAUACACACUAAAGAAAUAUUUGAGUAGAUACUGUGAGUUCCACUGAUAUCAUAGUAGUUGUUUGGACAUGUCUUUCCUCCAUAAUAUCAUCAUGGAAUUAAUUGUACUUGAAUUCUUCAAAAGGAGAGUGUCAAUUUUUAAAAAAAUUUAGUGAGUAUUAAUAUUCCCAUUUUAUGAAGUGAGGGCUGGCUUAAAGAAUAACUAAUCAUGUACACACAAAUGCCUGAAUUAGGAUAUAAAGCUUGGUUUUCUGGCCAUUACAUCGACAAGACCAGAGGCAAUUGUCACGUGUACGUAGCGGUCGAUGCUUCUAUGGUGUAGUAUGGAAUAAUUUUAUGACAACAGGCUGUGAGAUAUUCUGAUUAUAAUUAUACAUCUUAUAGUCUUUAGAACUUGAGGACAGGUGUAUUACAAAUAAUCAUCAUAAUUAUGGCAGCUCACUGAAUGUUUGAAUCAAAUUGUUAGAAAUGAAACAUAUAUUAUUGUUAAUUUUUAUAAUUCAGCUUUUUUUUAGUUAGUAUCUCAAGUGCAAUUGGCAUAUGUUGUGUAGUUUAUUAUUUUAUUUAAUUGUAUUUAAAUUCAGUCAUCAAAUCGAAAUAAAUCUGUAAUUAAAAUAUCCAUAUCAUCAUGUUUUGAGGAACAUAUUUUAAGGGUAAAUUUAACAUUUUUGGAAAAUACUUGAUGAGCGACCUGCAUAUGGUCAGAAUGGUACAUAUUUCACAACUUUACUAAAUUAAUCCUCCGGUUUUGUUUAAAGAAUGCCAUAUUCCAAAGUGGUACAGAAUAAGUGCAGAGGGAAAUGUUUUGACUUUAUUGGCUGUAAAGAUGUUAUCAGUACAGAACGUGAUUUGCUUUAUACAAACGUUUUAAAAAAGAGUACACCAACCAGUACUUACUUCAUAUUUUUAUCUACACAUUUAUUGUGUUCAGUUAAUAGGUAGUUUUCCUUCAGAAUAUUCAUAAAACAAUACAAAGUUACUAUUCAGUUUUUGGUAAACGUGGAUAGUAAUAAAAAUAUAUUUAUUUUUAUAGAUACAAGAGUAAAGGCUUGUGUAUGUACAUGUUUGUUAUGUAAUGUGAUGCCACACAUGUAUCUAGUGUGGUGGGUGUGAAAUAAUGUUCAUGUAAAAGUUAAACUGCAGUGAAAUUAGAUUGGGAAAUUGACAUCAUUAAGAAACUGAAAUGCUGCUAGUUGAGAAUUAUUUAGGAAACCUAAAAUGUGGACGCUAAGAGAAGGCAGACACACCCAGGUUACUGUUGCUGUAGGCCUGCAUCAAUUUAGAAAAUAGUUAUACGGUAUGGUGUGUGAGAAAUAAUAUUUUCAUUGAUAAUGACAGUAUUUAGUAGAUGUGAAAAACAGAUUUCUAUAACUGGGGCAUAUGAAUUUUAACCAUGAAGUGUCUUAUUUUUUUACAUAUAUUGCCAUAAUAAAGAAAUUGGUAGUUCUUAUUCAGAUAUUCUGAUCCAGAAAAGUAAGCUGUGAACUUAAACAGCUGACAGUAGCAUUGAUAUCGAUUGACAGUGGAAAUAUUUUAUGCUGCUAGGGGAAGGUUAACUGAUUCCAUUAUACAAUGAAAAGAAUUAAGAAAAUGACAUUUGAGAAUGUUUUUUGUAAUAAUGGUGAAUGAUUGUAUGUCAGGAGAUGCAUGUAUGUACAUUAGUGAAUAACAUUUUGCUUUGUUUAUACUGUAAAAUUUAACCUGUUAAAUGAAUUGUGUGUGACAUAUUUAAAAACAAUGGAUUUUAAUAUAUUUAAUAAUUUUAAUGAUAUUCAUAGAAUCAUGUAGAAAAUGUAUCUUCAGAAAUAUUUAUUUUUUAUCAUAAACUGUGAAUUAUGUAUAUGAUGCACAUAAGCCUAAUGACAAAAAAAAAAUAUUAAGACUUAUUUUACUUCCUAAAGAUUGGAUGUUUAUGACUGAACUGUUGCAAAAGUUAGGUUAGAUAUUUUGCUAAGUCAAUCCAAUUCAUUUAUGAGUGAACAAAACAUUGGUGAUAUUACAAGUUCCAGUUACAAGGAAUAGAGUAUUAAAGGCAUUUCUCAUAAUUUUUUAUGGCAUUCAGUCCAACUCACUAUGAUAGAAGUUACCUUUCACCAAUUUUUAGCUUUCAUUUUUUAAUAAACAUAUCAAGACCUGAAUGCCUAAUUUUUCAACAGACUGUGAAUAUGUUGUGUGUAUUGUGUCAUGACAUUAGCACUUAUUUAUUUAUUACAUUUAUUUUUAAAAUGAAUUUGUGUUUCAGCAAAUCGUAAUUGUUUAUUUCCCUUGUAGUGUAGGUCAUAGAAUAAUUUGCUGAAGAUGCAUAUUUUGUUUUGUUUUGCAUCUGCAAUACAGGCUCUAAAAUUGUGUGUAGUUUUGAAAGAUUUUAUGUUUACAUUUCAUUCUCGUAUUUUUUUCAAAUAUAUGUUACAUCAUAAACCAUCACUGCUACUGGUACCAAUCAAUUUUUUCAUGUUGGUUUAGUCAACCUUACUGAAGAUGUAAUACUGCAGAAAGUGAGCGUAUAAGUAAAACUACUACAUUAUAUUCAUACCAAAAAUGUGUCUACUGAAUAAUUGAUAUUCACUUUCUUGUUAUGUUUACAUAUUGAAAGUUGAAUUUUAUUGGCCAAAAGAAAAUGACACAAUCAGAAUUGUUCUUGGACAGAGCAUAUCAGGCCAUGUAUCAAAACGUAUCUCACCAGUUAACAUAAUCUCUGUUUAUCUAUCACUUACAUACAUAAGUUUCAAAUAAUAUGGUACAAAACAUCAUUUACACUGUAGUUAAAUAUUUUCUUCACAUUUAAUAUGUUGCAUUGCACUGUAAAGCCAAAUGUUCGAAAAUGCUGUGAAUUUAUUUCUGUGUUCUCUUUCUAAAAAUUGUAUGAAUUUCAACCGCAGUAUUGUACUUAGUUCAGGAACAAUCUUGGUGUAUACCCUGGGAUUUUCAGUAUAAGAAAGUAUUUUCAUUGAUAUUUAGUGGAUUAUAUCUAAAAUUUUGUUUUGAUACUAUUUAGUAAAUUUAAUUUUUGUCCUCGUAAUAGAAGCAAUAAAAUUUACUCAUUUUGAUUUCUAAGGUUUAAGAAUAUUUACAUGAGUGGUAAUGUUUUUACAGGCAAUAUAAUUAUUGCAAACUAUUUGUAAACCUGUAAAUAAGUUUUCAAUACUUUGAUUUAAAAUUAUUUCAACAAAUAUUUUUAGUGAAUGUAGUUAAGGAUUGUGAUAAAUCAAGAUACAAAAAGUUUUCUUUCUUUGAAGCUUGUCCUCCUCCUAAUUUUUUUAAGUUCAGUAUUGUAAAUAUAAUCAAUAACUUAUAUUAACAAUUUUAAUACUGUUUUGUUCAUCAUAAUCAGAAUAGGGUUAUGUGAAUACUGCUAUUCUUUUAUGAAACAGAAAUUAAACAAAAUUAAAUUAGUAUUGAUGAAACAAAAACCAAAUUCUGGUAAAAUUACAUUGUUAUACAAGUCAAUAAAAUCUUUGCAAGUUUUUCCAAUACAAAAUCAUGAAAACUCAAUGGAUAUUGAAAGGUAUUGUGAAUAUUACUUUAAAUUACAUGCUAAUAAUAAUAAUAAUUCAGUUCUUUCUUUUCCCAUCAAUGUCCAUAAUUUUUCACAAAAAACUAGACAAACGAGGAAAAUUAAAAAUGAAAAGGGCUGGAGUGGGGUUCUGAAGCCGCAGGGUCCUAAUAAAACAUCUAAUAUCUUAGGGGGUCAUUAUUGUAAAAAGAAACACUUCUUUGAGCCAAUACAACCUAAUUUCUCUAGCAAACUAUUAUGCCAGACUAAGCUGUAAAUAUAGAUUCAUUCAUAAUGUGGGGUCAUGCCUACAGCUGAGAAAGUAUUUAGCUACGGUUCACUACAAAUUAUUACAGGAAAAUAAAAUUUUUUACUACAUAUUUUAAAAAUACUAAAUUUACUUUUUAGUUGCACUGCAGUACUUUGAUUCAAUGAAUAAUAACAACACUGCUAAUGAAGACUUGUCUGCCUGUUAGGCUUAGGUUUAUUACAUUGUUUGGUUUAGAAAUUUAAUACAAAUUUACUUUUGUCAUUGUAUAAUAGGAUGAUAAUAGCACUUAGUCACAUAAAACUAUAAUCCCUUAAAUAUUUUCCAAAAAUGGCUGAACAAAUAUUUCCUUAAAAAUUUUCGCAACUGUGAUUAAAUUUAUUAAAAAUAAACAUUACACCAUUUCUAGUGGUAAAUUGUGUUUAAAAGCAUGCAGGUACAUGUAAACUUGGCACCUUAACUACUUCUUGUACAAUAUCAGCUGUUUCUCCCAGAAUGCAGUUGGCUUGUGACCACAUGGGCCAAGUAUUCCAUUGAUUCUGAAGUAAUUUUGAAUUGUGAAUUGUCAGAUAUUUAUGGCAUCAUUUUAUUUAAGGUCAUCUUACAUUUAAUUUCACUGCAUAUCUAUUAUAUUUUUCUACAUUGGAAGUCACUUUAUAUUCAAGUGUAGCUUACAUUAAAUUUUCCUUUUAUAUGUGAGCAGUCUUACAUUUAAUGUCACUUUGUAUUUGAGUGUGUCGUUCAUUGAAAGUCUCGUAUAAUCAGUCAUCUUACAUUCAAGGUCAUCUUAUAAUUGAGCUCGUAUUAUAUUCAAUGUUGUUUUAUGUUAAAAGUUGCCUAACAUUUGAGAUACCCUUCAUUCAAAAUCAUUUUAUAUUUUAGGGAAUAUUAUAAUUGAAAUAAUCCUAUAGACUGGAUGGAAAUAAAGUUUAACGUUUGAAAAUUGUAAAUUGAAUGUUUAGAUGUUAAGCUUUUCCUAAAAGGAAAAUGUAAUUGACAACCGAUACAAUAAUGUAAUGUAAAUUAAAUUAAUGUUCAUUAGGCGCUAAAAUAUUCAUUUAACUCGGAAAUAGUUCUUUCAUUGACAUUCGCUAAGAGAAUUUUUGUUUGAACUAAAUAUGAAAGUUUCAAUUUAUAUAUACACACACAUACACACAUGUUUACUGAAUAUUUGCACAACCCUAAAUCUGUACUUUCUCAAAACCAGAAUUAUGUAAGAAGAAGUGAACAUUUAAGUCUGGCUUAUCAUUGCUGGUAAAUAAUUUUUUUGAACCAGCUUAUUUAAAAUUGUUUAUAGUCUAUUAAGUGUUUUUACUUGGGACUUUAGAUAAUUAGGUUUUGUAUACUUAGAGAACCAACAUCAUUUGAACAUACUCUAAACUACAGAAUAUACUAAAGCAGACAAAGAAAUGGUUUUUAAAAUUAGGUCAUCCAUAAGCAAUACAAAUUCAGAAUAUCCUGAACAACAUAAUAAGAAAUGCGUGUGGGGGAAAUGGAAUGUAGGUAAUGAGAGAAGCAAGGUGUCAGAACAUUUUUUUGCACAUACAUAGCAUAUUUUUUCCACUUCAGUGUAUUUUUUUUAUUUCUGCAGAGCUUUUAUGUUUUAUGUUAUCACUGCCUCACCUAGUAUGUCUUGUGUCACUUGCAACAUUAAAAUGAAUGUUUCACAGUGUUGCAAUUCUGCAAUUAGUUACAUAAGAGUAAUAUUUAUUCUAAUUAUUUGUUGAUUAUUUUUGGUUGCUAGCUUUACAGAAUGUCUCCAGACUUUUUAUCCUAAGGGCCACACUGACUCCGCUAAGUCCCAAGGGCCAAGACCUAGCUAGCUCAUCAAACCAACAUGCUGCAAAGCUAUGGGGGCCGGUGUUGGCCCGCGGGCCGUAGUUUGGAGAUCCCUGCUUAACAGUACGACAGCUCAAGAAACCAGACAUUAUAUGUGCAUUGCACAAAUGAAAAAGAAAAAUAAUAGAGUCGUUAAGUUUAUUGCUGCAGUCAGUAAUCGUACUUAUUGAACAAGUCAUAUGGAUUUAUUUAAACAUAACAAAUGAUGGCCAAAAAAAUAGUUUAAUUAGCAUUUUGGAUAUGUACCAACAGAAUAGUAAACACUGUAUAGAAGAAAAAUCCUAUGAUUGUUUCUUAAAUGGUUUUAAAUUAGAAAAACAUCAUUCUUACAGAUUGAGGCAGAUGGUGGUGUUCUUUCAUUUCUGAAUUUGUUACUCUGUGACAGUAUUGAGGGUAAACACACAAAAAUAUAAAACAAAAUAACAGUUACACAUUAGAAGGUUAACCAGCUGUCAUAUUUUUAUUUUUGAAGAUAGUUGGGGGAUGAAAGCAAGAAAUAUGCCAAAAAGGAAUUGAGUUCAUUUUUAAAAGAAACUUUUCCAUUAUAAUUUUAUUAGAUAUAAUUUUCUGACCAUUAUAAACCAUGAACUAUCAUUGCGAGCAUCUGCAGACAAAAUAUAAGCUGUGAGUAGGUCAUAAAUCACUUGCUGAACUGAAAUGGAUUGGUUAUCUUGUUGGUAUGAGAUUCCAUCCUUCUGAGAAAACAGAUGCCAACUUCCACAGAUCAUUUCUUUCUAAACGUACUCGUUACCAUACCAACAAGCUUGUGUGUUUGUUCCGCAGCUUGUGUGUUUGUUCCGCGGUGUGAACUCGACUACUGUAAGUGACGCACAGAUAAGAAACUGCAGGUACGGAUCUUUUCUCGGUGCAUUUUAAAAGAAAUGUCACUUAUGGUCAGUGACAAUGACUAAAUGCUUUUUACAAAGGCAUAGCAUAUUUAUAGUUAUAUAUCCAUAUUAAUAGUAAGAUUCAUUACAACCAACCAACCUGGCAUUAGGUUAACUGGCAUUCAUUUAACUGAUAAAUUUACUAAAUUUUAUUUUUAAUUAUUAAAAAUGAGGUGUAUAUAGACAACUUAUUUAAAAUAUAUAUAAUUGAGGUGGAUGUUAGUGGCAAUAUGGCUGUUUAUUAUUUUAUUAUAUUUAUAAAAAAUAUGGCACCUCUAAUAAUUCCAAUUAAUAUUUUAAAAACGUAAUUAAGAAAAACGGCUGCAUUCAUACGGCUCUGCUUCACCUGUCAUGUGGUAUUUUUACAAUUUUAUGCCAUUAGUUUUUAUCUAUGACAAUUUCAUGAAUGUUCCACUGAUCAGCAUUGCAUUUUGUGCUUUGUAGUCAAUCUCAUUCGAUGCCGUAUAUAUGCUACACGUUAUUUGCUGUUUGUAAAAAGUCAAUCAAGAAAAUAUUCAAGAUUAAAAUUUUUACCUAACUACAUUGUGAUCACUCAUUACGUCAUUAGAAGAUAAUUUUUUAAGUUUUUUUAUUGUACCAGUUUGCUUUGUGUGUGAUUUGACAGUGUAGUAAUUUUAUAAAACAAUAUUCUUUCAAUACAUGUAAACUCUGGAAAAGUUAUAAUUUUCCCUGUAGAAGGAUAUCUAAAUUAAUUAAAUGGGACCACAUGAUCUCUCCUGCCUUUGUUUAGUCCAAACAAUCAAUCAAGUCCUUGAAAAGUACUUUGAAGCAUUAGGAGUGAUCAUUUUCAAAAAUUAUCAUCAUACACUUCUGCUGAAACAUUUAAAGUUAUGAACAAUUGUUUUUAUUACUACUCCUUAAAAGCACUUUUAAUUAUAUGGUUUUUAUAAUAAAAAAAAAUUUGGCCUGUAGAAGUAGUGGUAGACCUGACUUUCCUUGAAAAUACUUUGAAACUUUGAGUUGUAUUGUAUCAAGCAGGGGCUAAUGCAGAGGAAGAGAUGAGGGGAUAUAACCCCACACCCCAAUCCUAAACAAUCUAUUAUUCCCACCAACCAAAGGAAAUUAUUUGAGUGAAGGCAUACAGUAUGCAGCGAAUUCCUAUCCCCCCUCCUCCCAUGCCCCUCAAAUGAAAUUAUGCUUACGCUCCUGGUAGCUCAAUGUCCAUAGAGGAUGAAAAAUAAAAAAAUCUACGAUACACACUCAAAAAUAGUUGGGGACAAGUAUAAUGUAAGUCACUAAAGUAUCUUGAUUUAACAUGCGUUCUCUAAUAUGCAUGUAUAAACAUGUAUUUAAUCAUAGACAUGAUAAUACAGAGCAGGAAAAUGUAAUUUUGCUCGAAAUGUGCAACAGCAAUAUUUUAAAUACCCAUGAUUUUAUGUGGAAGACAAUGUAUGAGAUUUUAUUUUUCAUCAGUGUAGAACAAAUAUUUUAGAGAAGUUUUACUAGAUAAACCACACUUACUGCAGUUAUUUAUUACAGUGUUAGAAAUAUUAAUUAGGGGGUUAGAAGUUUGAAUAGAAGUAUCAUUGUGUGAAAAUAAACAACUUCCAUACUGAAAUGUGAAGGAAAAUUUAUACUUUAUUGUAUCAAUAAUUUUUUUAUUAAAUUUUGAAUUUAUUGUACAAGCUAAUUUUGUUGUGUGAUAUGUACACAACAAAGUUAAGUCUCAUAUUUUUAAAAUGUGAAAAUUAGUGGAAAAAAAAGUUAAUUUUAGUGUAUUUUCUGUAAAAUGGUGUUGCUGAUAGUAUUAACACUGUAGUAACAUGUUCCAAACAAAUGUUAUUUAUUGCUUUUAUAAUUUGUGCUUAUUUAAAACUCUGUGAAUUAUUUUUUGUGUACUAAAUGUACUAUCACUGAGGGAUACUACACUUAUUUGUUAAUUUAAUUUAUAAGAACUCUCAUUUUAAAGCUAUAUUUCAGUGCACCUAUUUGGAAUCUUGUAAAAAUGUUAAUACUAAGAAAUUGCCCCAUGGUAUAAAAAAUCUUGUCGAAAAUGCAUUAGCAUAGUGUAGAUAAAAAAUAUUCCAAAGAAAUGCAAGCAAAGACGGAUGUUUGUAAUGUGGCAGUUUCUCUUUGCAAGUAAAACAACAAUCUGAGUUAUAUAGCUCUAGUUAAUUUUUUUAUUUAUAAUUAAAUGGUCUUAAAUAUAAAAUAGAUUUUUUAAACAAAAGAAAGCUAAGAAAGACUCAUGUGUAAGAGCAGUUUUUUAAAGCUCACUUUAAAAGUACAAUUUAUAGAAUGUAAUAAAUACCUCGAGAUGAAGCAUUCUAUGUAUUUCUUUUAUAAUAUAAUUAAAAGCAAAAAAAAAAAAUUUAGUUAUAAUGGAAUACAUGUUCCCAUAUAAAAUUUAUGGUAAAAAUAUGCUGCUUCAAGUGCCAAGAAAAAUUGAAAACUAUAGAAAUGUCAGUAAUUUUAGGAAAUAGUGAUGAUGUGUGUAUGGAUGCAUGCAAGGGUGUGUGUGUAAAAAUCCGGCCCCUUUGAUGCCUUUCAGAUUUUAAUUUUUGAGUCAAAUGCCAUGUUUUCCCACCAAUUCUGCUGCUGCCAUUUUAGUAAUAAAAUCUUAAAAAUCAUGAGAAAAUAUUUGUUGUAUAGAUAAACGUUAAAAACAAACAAUUGUGUAUCUCCUUCCAUAAAGUAGUGACAGCUGUUAUUAUACAACUCAAGUGUUCUACAUGACAUUAAUAACAUAAGUGUCCGAUGGAAGUGGUUUACAAGUAAGAUACUUUUUGAAGCUGAAAAUGAUUUUAUGAAAGAAAUGAAAAUAAACUGUAGAUUUGUAUUUGUGUGUUUGUUUUGUGUGAAAUGCAAGAUAUUAUAUAUAUAUACAUAUACAUAUAUCAGUAGGAAAGGUUUGAGAAAGUACAAUAUUGCAUUUUUUAAAUGAAUAAUAAAUCAGAAAAGUAUAUAUUUAUAUACUUUGUAUAUAUAUUUUUGACACUGUGUAAAAGAACAUUACAAAUAAUGUUUUUGACAUAAACUACGAAUCUGUAUGUGUUGCCAAUUUUCUAAACUGCAAAAAUAUGUUUUGUGCUGUACAAAUAAAUGUUGAUACAAAUUUUUUAACAUAAUUUUUCUGAAAAUAUAAUUUAUGUUAAAAAAAUGUUUGUUCAUAGACCAAAAAACUCUUCAUGAAGAAGAGAAAUCCUUAAUCAGCUUUGAAAAGGGGGUCUACACUUCUUGAUAAAUCAUCUCCUUAUAGAGGUAAACCUCUAUUACAUGGUAAAUUAGUGCUGUAGCAAAUAGUAGAGGUUUAUGCAUAAAUGUAACUUCUUCUGUGAAUAUAUCCACACUUUGUGAAUAUCUGUGAA